AUGGGUAAUCAAGAAGGAAAAUAUUCAUUGACUUCAAAAGAUGUACAAGUGUUAGUACAACUAAGUGGUAAAACUGAAAAUGAAAUUCGUCAAUGGUAUAAUGAAUUUCAUAAAGAAAGUGAUGGUACAGAUCGAAUGAAUAAACGACAAUUCCAAAUAUAUUAUACAAAAUUAAAAAAAAAUCCAAAAUUAGAACAAAUUACAGAUCAUAUUUUUCGAUCAUUUGAUAAAGAUCAUUCUGGCACAGUUGACUUUAAUGAAUUUCUUAUUGCUUAUAUUGCAACAAGUACAGGAACAAGUCGUCAAAAACUUGAAUAUGCAUUUGAAGUAUUUGAUAUAAACGAAAAUGAUAAAAUUGAAAAAAAAGAAGCAGAAAAAAUUCUUAAUAUUAUAUGUCGAAUUAUUGGUUUAUCUGAACAAGAUGCAAAGAUGUAUACAGAAACAGUUAUGCUUACAUUUGAUACAAAUCAAGAUAAAGUUUUAAGCAAACAAGAAUUUAUUGAUGGUUGUUUACAUGAUUCAACAUUAGGACGAAUUGCUAAUCCAUUUGACCUGUAA